AAAAAAAGUGACGUGCACGCCGGCGCCGCUCAACUGAUGAUUCCUUGACUCCGUCGAGUUCCAAGGGGUGCGCCAGCGUUCCAAUGACACCCUCGAUUGCGUCAUUUAUUAUAUAGAUAACAUACUUUUGCCCGUUGUUGCCGUGUUUUUAUACAACAUCUUCCUUUGCAGUUUAGCUUCAAAGCUAUUUCUUGCCAUGCCUCUUUCGUUCGUUGUCAGGCAUGCGAUGUCUGAACGUGUCCUGUUGCAAGCCAAGAAUUCCCUUCCAAACUCUCUAGGAUGAAACUUAGAUGAAUUAUUAAUAAAUUUUAAAGUCUCAAAUGUAUUGAUUUUUAUUACAAUAAAUUCUAAAGUCAAGUAUUAUGAUCCCCUAUACUUAUUAGACUCUUUGAUUAUGACAUUAUUUAGACAGCGCGUCACUGCGCAUGUUACAAAAUUGUACAAAAUGGACAAAGACAUCGUGAUUCAACCCAAAGAGUAAGUAUAGGGGAAAUUCAACCUCAAAAUGUGUUUGUAAAAAUGUAAAAUAUUUAUUAUAUUUAUUUAAUUCACCAAUAGUUAGAUACUUACCGUAAAAUUACGUAAAGAUAGACGUUUAUAUAUUUAUUAUAUAUUUUUUAAACCGAUAAAACUCGCAGUCGGAGAUAAUCGAUUAUGAUUUAAAGAAAAAUGUUGAAAGCCUUAAUUCGUCGAUGAAACAAUGGCGGCAACUUACAGCCCAUAGAUUUAUAAAUAUAACAUACAUACUGUAAUAUAUUUAGGUUUACCCACAUAAGAUUUUAUUAAGUAAGAUAACGUAUAAAUAAGCUUACAGAAUUGUAACCAUCAGUUCGCAAUAUACGCUUGCUAUAAGUAGACGUUGCCUUAUUUUUACUCCCGACACUUCAGUGGCGACGAGGACCACAAUUGGUGCAAAACAUUGAAGUUCGUCUACCAUGUCUACAAUCAAUUAAAGAAAAUGUCGGUCGGCAAAGUCGGAAAGAUUCGCGAUUUUGACGUGAAGUCGGGAAACUGGACUUGUACGAGGAGCGUUUGCAGAUGUUCUUCAAGGUAAAUAAGGUCGAGAAGGACAUGUGGCUUCCGAUGCUGAUCACGGGCGUGGGAGAUGAAACUUAUGAACUGCUGAGCACGCUGUGCAAUCCAAGAAAACCGGGGGAUGUAACGUACGAAGAGGCCGUGAUAAUUUUGAAAAACCACCUACAACCGAAACCUGCAGUCAUGUCGGAACGGUAUCGGUUCAGACAAAGAAGACAGAACGAGGGUGAAAGCGUAACACAAUAUUUGACCGAGUUAAAGAAACUCUCCAAAACGUGUGAGUUUGGUGCAAAUUUGGAGGAAAAUUUACGUGACCAGUACGUAUGCGGAGUGAAGAGUGACAUCAUCAGACAAAGGUUGUUUGCAGAAGACACAUUGACGUACUCAGGAGCAGUCAAAUUGGCGGUUGGACUGGAGGCGGCCGAGCGGGAUGCGGCAGUCGUAGAACAGAAAGCGACGGCGGAAACAUCUACAAUCGUAAACACCUGGCGGGCAAGGCGUGGGCGCGGUCGGUUUGCGGAGCAGGCAGCGGAACCACGAACGAACAAUGGGCGUGCGAUGCGGGACAGCGAGAAAGGCGCCGGGGGCUGCACGGUGUGCGGCGGGCGAGGACACAGCAAGGAGGAGUGCCGCUAUAAGUUUUUGUUUGUAGCAAAUGCAAACAAAACGGACAUUUGAGGCGUGUGUGUCCGCGGACGGAGGCGAACAGUGGCGGGAAGAGGCGCAGAGUAAACCACCUGGACGCCACCACGAGCGACCAUCUGAGGGUAGGAGCGGACGAACCCAGCUUCGGACGAAUUUGAGGAAGAACUUCAUCAACUAUGUUUGAGCGGUUACAAACCGGUGAGUUUAACAUUACUGAUUGAUGAUAAAACAGUAAAAAUGGAGCUAGACACAGGCUCGGCAAUUUCAUCUAUCAGUAAGAAAACAUAUGAUAAACUUUUUAACAAUAGAGUAAUUAAACCAGUUAAUUUAGUGUUAAUUUUUUAUGAUGGUAGCAAUAUAAGGCCAUUAGGAGUGAUAAGACCAAAAGUUCAAUACAAAGAUAAAAUAAAACAUCUAGAACUGUUUGUGAUAGAUGGGGGUACAACGUCAUUAUUGGGCAGGCAAUGGUUAAUAGAAUUGGGUAUUAAAAUACCUCCUUUUCGACAAGAGAUUAACUAUAGUGUACCCAAAAUGUCUGAGACUGUCGACUGUUUGUUGAACAGGUAUAAAGAAUUGUUCAGCGAAGGGCUGAGGCGGUACACCGGCGGCAAAGCAACUCUCCGACUGCGGGAGGGUGCGAAGCCGGUGUUUUGCCGCGCGCGACCGCUGCCUUACGCUCUGAGGGCUCAGGUCGACGCGGAGCUGGACGCCAUGUUGCGCGCGGGCAUCAUUGAGCCCGUGGAGUGCUCAGACUGGGCGACGCCUUUGGUACCGAUGGGGUUUACCGAGACAAAUAGUCUCAGAUAACGGACCACCGUUCACAAGCAAGGAAUUGGCCGACUUUUUGGCAAGUCAGGGAGUUGAUCACAUUUUUUCUGCUCCGUACCACCCAGCAUCGAAUGGGGCUGCAGAAAAUGCAGUACGUACGGUUAAAAAAAUUAUAAAAAAAGGUUUUAAACAAAAAGGGAACAUUAAUUUAUUGUCGCUUAAAAAGACCAUUUUAAUAGUAAUGUUAUUAAUUUAUAUUAAAAAAAUAAUAGCUUUUGAAGGCUAAUUUUUCUAUUUCAUUUAAGGGUGUUUUUAAUAUCGUGCGGAUAUCAUCACGCGUGCGGGAUUGCCCCGCAUGCGUAAGCCCCGCAAAUGUCCUUUUCAUAAAAGUAUUUAUUAUAAUGCGUGGAAUACGGACGCGGGACUAUAGACUAUCGGGUUUCACGCUGCGUGAAAUUUUCUGCAUGCGGGGCAAUACCGCACGCGUGACGAAAUCCGCACGAUAUUAAAAACACCCUUAUAACAUUGUAAGAUAGACAAGAUGUUAUGUUA